UGCACACAUUACAGUUUAGUUGUUAAACAGUCGUGAUCUCAAGAGGACGUGUCUGAUGUCAACGAGCGCUUGUUUUGUAACGUAGUAAAGCAAAACAAAAACAACAAAAUAUAAAGAGAAAAAAACACACAACAAAAAAGAAAUAAUCAAAGAAUUUUUUUCUAAUCAAGUGUUAUAAUUUUUCAAUUACAAUCAACAAUAAAUAAAUGAAGAAAAAAAAAAUUGAUUUGUUAAAAAUUAAUCAGAAACCAAUCAAGGCAAUUAAAAACAAAUUUUCCAAUUAUUGGAAAUAAUUGCCAAGCACAACAAAAAAUAAAAUAAAUAAAAAACAAGUGAUUAUAACUUACUUAUCAGCAAAAUGCAAAUAUAACUAAACUAAACCGAAAGCAACAAACAAUAAAAAAGUGCAAUGUGUUAUUAAGAAAAGAUUUUGAAAUAAAAAAAUUAUAUUUAAAGGAAAAUUUAAAAUUCUGGCUUUAACACAAAACUAACGGACUCGCCACCGCAAAAAAAAGUAAAGAACGAAAAAAAUCGAAAUUUAUGCUAAAACUGUCAUCAGGUAUGACUGUCACUGGUUUACGUGUGAAUAUGACUAGCCCGACGGUACCACCGCAAACCGCUAUGAAUUCAAACAGUUCCACUACCACCGUUGUGGUAUCGCCACCGGCAACGGCCAUUACCACAACAACACCCACAUCACCAUCGGCCCUGAUUAUGGCCCAUCAACAGCAUUUACGUAACCUCCAGCAGUCGCACCAGCACACCCUGAACAAGACCACAUCCCGUUUGAGCAAUUUCAGUGUGGCUUCAUUGCUGGCCGAUACCAGGCCAAGGUCUCCCAGUCACAAUUAUGGUGAUAAUAUGCCAACGAAUUUGUCCAGUACUCCAUCGGCGGCCACCUCACCUGUCUCACAUGAAUCCUCGUCAUCGCCUGCCUCACCAAAUCAUCCAGCCGCUGCCACACAUCCGCCCCAGUUUCAUCCGGUGACCAUGGCUCAUCAUGCACAUUUGCUGCAUGCGGCCCAUGUGGCCCAGCAGCAACAUGCAGCCGCCAUGGCAGCAGCGGCGGCGGCCGCAGUGGGGGCCACCAAUAAUCCAAGUGGCAAUCCUGCUCAUGUACAUUUACCUCAUCAUUUACCCGCCCAUCUGAGACAUCCGUUGAAUCCAAGUGCCUGUCCACCUGGAGCGGCGGGACCCAUGUUAUUGGCUGCCUCGAGUGGUGUUAAUCCGGCGAACAGUGAAAGUUCAAAUAACAAUAACAACAACACAACCACCCCACCACAAUCAUCCGGCGCCAGUUCCAAUAAUGGCCCCGAACCACUGCCCACAACCAACUCCUCAUCCUCCUCCUCGGCGACGGCAAUGGCAACGGCCAAAUGUGAACGUAACUCACCCAUUGGCAGUUCCAUUGAUUCGGAGCUGGAAUACGAUGAUGAUUUGAAUGAUCAAGAUCUGGGACAUGAUGAAGAGGAAGAUUCCAUUGUGGAUAUUGAAGAUAUGAAUGCUGAUGAUUCACCCCGCUCAACACCCGACGGCUUGGAUACAAGUAAAUCACCAGAUGGUAAUCCCAACUCAUUGGCCAAUUCUCCGCAUCUACUGUCACCUGCUGUCUUGGCGGCGUCGGGACAUGGACCAAUUAGGCCAACACCGUUUAGUGCUUUAGCAGCGGCCGCUGUGGCCUGGGGAGGUAUUGGUGGAGCUGGUGUGCCAUGGCCAGGUGCCAGGCAAAUGCCACCAUUUGGACCACCUGGUCUGUUUCCGGGUCAGGGUUUUGGAGGAGGAGAUGCCAAUGAACCGCCACGCAUCAAGUGCAACUUGCGCAAACACAAGCCAAAUCGUAAACCCCGCACGCCAUUUACCACCCAACAACUACUCUCUUUGGAGAAGAAAUUCCGUGAAAAACAAUAUCUCAGUAUAGCAGAGCGGGCGGAAUUUUCCUCAUCCCUAAGGCUGACAGAGACCCAAGUGAAAAUUUGGUUUCAAAAUCGCCGAGCCAAGGCGAAACGUUUACAGGAGGCUGAAAUUGAGAAAAUUAAAAUGGCUGCUUUGGGUCGUGGUGGACCAGGGGCCCAAUGGGCCAUGGCUGGUUAUUUUCAUCCAAGUCUAAUGCAUUUGGGUUAAAACGAAAUAUAAAGAAAUAGACAAACAAACAAAAGCACCAAAGUUUCCUCAUAACAAAACACAAAACGACCACAACCUGAUCGUUGAGUCUUUCUGCAAGGCCAGACAAAAACAUAAAUAUAAAUUUAUUAUGCGCUUAGUUAUUAUUUAAAGAAACAAAACAAAAUAUAAAUAUUAUCAUUAAUUAUAGAAAUAACCCCCCAUAAUUGCUGUGAUGUUAGCGCAUUUUAAUUGUAAAUAAUUAAUAAAUUAUAGAAAGAAAAAAAAAACAAAAAUUUAAAAAACCAAAAAAAAAAAAAAAAAUGAAAA